AUGAGGGCAAUAGCGGUGACGUUUUUCCUCUUCUGCUUCGUAUUUCCGGCUGCUUUAGCGCAGCUCAAGUUCGGAUUCUACAGCCGGUCGUGCCCUCAUGCCGAGUCCAUAGUCGCCAAUGUCGUCGCCAAACACUUCCGCCGUGACCGGUCCAUCGCCGCCGAUCUUGUUCGCAUGCAUUUUCACGAUUGCUUUGUCAAGGGUUGUGACGCUUCGCUGCUCAUCGACCCGAAACCCGGAAGGCCGUCCGAGAAGAACGCAGGGCCAAACGCAAGCGUGGACGGAUACGAAAUCAUCGAUGAGGCCAAGAAACAGCUCGAGGCUCACUGUCCUCACACCGUCUCGUGUGCUGACGUCGUCACUCUGGCCACGAGAGACGCGGUUACCUUAGCAGGAGGUCUGAGGUAUGCUGUGCCUACUGGAAGACGUGACAGCCUGAGGUCGAACCCUGCUGACGUCAACUUGCCCGGACCCACCAUUCCAGUGACGGACGCCAUUCAGGCCUUUGGGGCUGUAGGGCUCAAUCUCUUUGAUAUGGUUACUCUCGUUAUUGGUGGGCACACCAUCGGUGUUAUCCAUUGUAGUCUCAUCCAAGACAGAAUCGCAGACCCUGCCAUGGAACGCACAUUGAAUGCUAAGUUGAGGAACCAAUGCCGUGCCCCUAACGAUCCAACGGUGUUCUUGGACCAGAGGACCUCAUUCAAAGUGGACAACGGCUUGUGUUUGGAAGUUCUGAGACAGAGAGGAGUCUUAAGGAUUGAUCAGAGCCUCGGUCUUGACGGAAGGACCCGAGGGAUCAUCAUGAGUUAUGCCAAAGACAAUGCCCUCUUCAAUCGUAAAUUCGCUCAGGCCCUCGUGAAGAUGGGGACCAGAAGGUUCCUCUCUGGUCGUGCCGGUGAGAUCAGGAAGAACUGCAGAGUCUUCAACAACGGCCACUGA